AUACGCACAACCAUAUCAAAACGUCACUCGUAAACUCAAAACAACACUCUAUCACUCUUGGCGCCGCUCCUACCCCUUUCAUCACUAACCAGAUAAGAAGAAUCCCUCGGAAUUCCCGUCGGAAUUCGUUUUCUUUAAUAAUAAGAGGGAAAAUAUAAUCCAGAUUCAACUCUCAAUUUCUCUUCUUCGUCAAAUUUCUAGGGCAUUUAUUAACUAAAUUCUAGGGUAUUAAAAAAAAUGGCGCAUUCAUGCGUCUCUACAGCUGCUUCUUCUUCAGCUCUUAGAUUCAAUCCCACCGUUUUCUCAUCCUCUAACUCACAUUCUCGUUCUGAACCUCAAAAUCUCUCUAUCCCCAAUUUUUCUCCCCUUCGUUCCAGGGAAUUGAGAAAAACAGCUUCAAGAACACCAAAAGCUGUUUAUUCAAAUGGGUUGGCGCAGAAUUCAGAGCAAGGGAUUUGGUCUAUAAGGGAGGAUUUGCAAACACCAUCAUCGCCAUAUUUUCCUGUGUAUGCUAAUGGUCAAGGUCCACCGCCAAUGGUACAAGAACGUUUUAUGAGUGUUAUUAGUCAGCUCUUUCAGCAUAGAAUUAUUCGGUGUGGUGGAGCUGUUGAUGAUGAUAUGGCUAAUAUUAUUGUUGCUCAGCUUCUGUACCUUGAUGCUAUUGAUCCUACAAAGGAUAUUAUCAUGUACGUUAACUCUCCCGGAGGAUCAGUUACAGCUGGUAUGGCUAUAUUCGAUACCAUGAGGCACAUUCGGCCUGAUGUUUCCACUGUAUGUGUUGGAUUGGCAGCUAGUAUGGGGGCUUUUCUUCUCAGUGCUGGCACCAAGGGAAAGCGAUACAGCUUACCAAACUCAAGAAUUAUGAUUCAUCAGCCUCUUGGUGGUGCUCAGGGAGGACAAACCGACAUAGAUAUUCAGGCAAAUGAGAUGUUGCAUCACAAGGCCAAUCUGAAUGGAUAUCUAGCCUAUCAUACUGGUCAAAGCCUUGAAAAGAUAAACCAAGAUACAGAUCGUGAUUUCUUUAUGAGCGCGAAAGAGGCGAAAGAGUAUGGUCUCAUCGAUGGAGUAAUUUUGAACCCUCUAAAAGCCCUUCAGCCACUGCCUGCAACUGCUGCUAUUGAUGAGUGAGCAGAACUAAAUAUCGGGUUUGUCAAGCCUACCGCAUGUUAGCUGUUUUCCGGUUAAAGCGCCAUAUUACUUCCGGGCAAUACAUCAGUGAAAUUACCAUUAUUCUUCUGUAGGACAAUGAUUUUGCUUGGUAUUUUACUAUAUGUUGCUCUGUGUAACACAGCAUAAAGCCUUGAAAACCUUGUGUAUCCUUUGUUUUUGCGAGACACAUGAAUGGAUAAGCUUAAUAAAGGUGAUUUAGCAACUUAGUCAA